UCAAAGCUCUGGACCUCUGCGCUGCAGCUGAAGCUAUGGACAUGUCUGCAGAGGAGGACGAUUCCACCAGCCCGAAAGAUCAAGAAUGGCCAGAAGUGGAGAAGGCUGAAAAAUUAGCAAGAGGAGCCGCCUUAAAAUGGGCAUCUGGAGUGUUUUACCGGCCAGACAAAUUGGAGAGCCUUGGGGAGUAUCGGAUCCGGGAGAUACAACGCAACAGUUCCAUCCUAUCCCGUAUAAAGUCCACAGUACAGUCCUACCUGGAGGGCAUGAGCAUGGGCCUGGAGCAGCUACAUUCAGCUGCUGCAGAUGUCCAAGAUGUGCGUCAAGCCCUGGGAGGUGUGUGCCAGUCCUUGGCAUCCAGCGCCGACUCUUUUCAGAGCCUACAGCGACUACGAGAUGUGGCCGUGGAACAUGCCCAACUGGGUUCGGUUGUCCAGACAUUGCCCCAGCUUUUCUCAGUACAGAAAGUCCUUUCCGAGACCUUUGAUCUCCUGCAGAGCCAACAUCUCCUGGACGCCCACGUGGGGCUCAUGGACCUAGAGUGCUUGCGGGAUGAUAUUCUCUUCCAGCUGCAUCACCACAACCUGCUCAGUCCCUCCCACCUGGCCAGUGUAGAGUCUUUAUUUGGGGGCCUCUUGGCACUGAACGAUGCCCUCGCCCAGCACCUGUGGCACAUUGUGGCUAACGGCACAAGGCUGGUGUCUGAAGACCCAUCCCUCUUUGUCUCCACCCUGCGCAUUAUCGAGCGGGAGGAGGGGAUUGAUGCUGCCCUGCUGCUGAGAUCUCAGCCUCCGCAUGGCUUUCUCCCGCCAGGGCGCCCAAAGUGCUGGAGGCAGAAGUUCUUCCAGGUUGCACAGGACACCAUAGUUGCUGCCCACUUCCAGGCUGUGCCGAGCAAUGGCCAAGGGCAGCAUCUCGCUCAGCACUUGGCAUCCUUGCAGAGCAGCAUCCUAGCCGAACUGGGCAUUGUGAAAGAUCUUAUGGUGCAGUGCUGCCCACCUCACUACAACAUCCUUGCAGCUUUUGCUGCCAUGUAUCGUCAAGGCCUUGCCAAACACCUGCGUCACAUCCUCACUUUGGAGCUGGAGAAGCAGGAGAUCUUUGCUCUCCUCCAGUGGGCACUCCAUGUCUAUCCAAGCUCUGAAAUGAUGACCCACCCAAGCCUUCUCCCUGAAGUGGAUGUGACAACCUUGGGACCUCUGCUUUCUGUGGAUACAGUAGACUACCUGGAGGAGACUUAUGUAGGGAAAGUACAGGCCACCAUAGGUGAGUGGAUGCAGAACAUGCUGGAGAUGGAGUUUAAAGAGUGGUUCAGCGAAGAGGAGCCAGAAUCAGACUAUCAAGGCUGCUUCCAGACCAGCCUUCCAAUGAUUGUCAUGAAGAUGCUGGAUGAAAACAUCCAAGUGGCAUCCCUCAUCUCCGAUACCCUCCAGCAGAAGGUGCACAGCAUGGCUCUGGGCGAGCUGGAGGCUUUUCUGGGCAGCCUAUAUGAAGACCUGGUAGGAUUUGGCAAGGCACAUCAACGAGAGCCUACGGUAUGCAAGUGCUACGUGCCUUACUUGCUGUCAACCCUCAACAACUGCCUGGCUCUCAGAACCUCUGUCUCAUCCCUGUGUGCAGACAAAACAUCAUCCUUGGAGCCCAGCAAGACAUCAUUAUCCCUUAACGUUGCCCUGGAGAAAACCCAGAAGAAGGCUUGUCAGCUGUUACUGGAAGAGCUGCUGGCAGAUCUGCAGCCUCUGUAUGUUCAGCUGCCCUCCCGUCAAUGGCUGUCUGGUGAAUCUCAACUGCUGAGCGGCAUAUGCGAGGUGGUAGACAAGCACGUGAAAAUCUUCUGCAGAACUCACCGACCGAUCAGGAUGCACCUCCUGUCAGAGACUGAGCACUUGGUCAUGAGCCAGUACGUGAGGGCUCUCUUGCAGAAAAGGCUAGUGUGCCGGAAUGCGAAAGAAAGGAGCCAGAUGGCCAGACAGAUGUUGCAAGAUGCCUCUCAGCUGAAGGAGCUCUUCUGCAGCCUGGGCCUGGAGGAGAAUGAGCAGACUCUCCAAGUGAUUGCUGAUCUGCAGGAGCUCAUCAGCCUCAAGGACCCCUCCAUGCUGAGCCUGGAGGUCCUGGGAUUUGUGACAAAAUAUCCUGAUAUCAGCGAAGACCACGUUUCCAUGCUCCUCGACUUGCGUGGCGACGCCUCUAAAGAAAUCCGCAACAAUGUGCUGGAGAUCAUGGUGCAGAAUCCUCAAGUGCUGCCUGAGAAUUAUGAGCCUGUGUUUAGCAACAUCUUGGUUCCUGCUCCAGAGCCGCCCUUCUGUCUUGGGAAGUCCAAGUGUGCCUGACAUAUCCAAAGAUGCUGCUAGCAGAACACCAGGUUGGCCAUCUCUGCAGUUUGCCAGGAUUGCAGCUGGUGACCUUCAGCAAAGUGGAGCUUGAGAGGGGGCGGCCUCUUGUUGUUUUUGGCAUUCCAGUGAUCCAAAACAUAUUGAGCUAUUUUUGUGUGUGUCUGUGUACAGUGAGGUGGGGGGACUAAAGUGAGUUCGGUGUUGUGCACUCUCUUGCAUUCAGUCACACGCACUCUCUAUAUUCUAUGUAAGUCUGUACACAAGAGAGGUAGGUGCCAACCAUCCAGAUAGUGGCAGUGGUGGCUCUAUGUCAGUGAGACAGUGGUAUCCGCUCUGGGUUUUCGUCUGAACUUUCAAGGGGCUGUUUAAGAUGCUCAACCACUGCCCCACUGACAUGGAGCCACCAGCCACCACUGCAUCUAGGCAUCAGUUGGACUUGCUGCAAUGGUUGUAGCAUUUGGGGCAGGGGUUGGGGAACCUAUGGCCUUCCAGGUGUUGCUGGACCACAACUCCCAUAAUCCCUCACCAUUGCCCAUCUUGAGGGGGGCUGAUAGGAGAUGAACAACAUCUGGAGGGACACAGGUUCCCCACCCCUAAUUUAAGGUGUCAAAUGUACGCUCAAAGUAAGCUGAGUAUUGAGCACUCUGUCCCCCAUUCACAGCCAUAAGUGCCAUAUGCAGUCUCUAUAUUCUAAAUAAGACUGUACACAGGAGUGGCUGCCUACCAUCCAGGCAUCAGUUGGACUUGCUACAAUGGUUGUGUCAUUUAGGAUGUAUGUUCAAAUGACACCCACCUCAAAAAAAACACCACUCUUACAAAUUCUACAUAGUAUUCUACAUGUAACACUUCUGCAGACCAACAAAUGCAGUGGAGCACAAACCUUGUAGCAUUUAGGGGGGGAAACCAAAGAGGCCUGUCAAAUGGCACCAAAGUUAGCUUUACCCUCUACCCCUCAAAAGAGCAUUGCUUAUUACAUUUGCAGGCAGGAUAACGUUCUGUUUUGCUUGAAUGAUCGCUAUUAUACAAACUAUGGAGCAUGACAACAAUGUGUUUCUUGGUUAACACUUAAGAGCCAAAGAAGGAUGCUCGCUAGAUGUGUAGCAUGCAACUUAUACACCUUGUUUUUCCUGAAUUGCGGGCACGUGGGGAGGAGCAACUGUUACACACAGUAUACAGAUAGGGGAAGCUUACCUCUGCCCUCCCUGAGGCUAUUGGAACCAGCCACCCCUGUGCAUCUAGGACCCCAGUCAAGGAGGGUUCCAAUCAUGCUGGGGAGGGAAGAGAUGAGCCACUCCUGUUUGCAUCCCUGUAGGGAUGGGGGAGAAAUUCAAUUCAGUUUGCAUUUAAAGACGAACCAACCUAAUCUGCCUCUUCCAAAAUAAUAUGAAGUCCGAAACACAGCCAUCCUUCAAAAUUUGCCCUUGUCUGAAUUUUGCAAUGCAGUUCUCCAGCCAAGUAAUAUGUACAAAAGUGCAAAUGCUAGGUAAAGUGUUCAAAGAAAUAAAUAUACUAGUGAAAAUAACAUACA